AACACCAGCGAGGAACGGAGGUAACGGAAACAGUCUCUCUAUUCCUCAGCUGAAUGUUAGAAAACUCGAAGAGUAACACACGGACGCUGUGGUGAAAUACAAAACGAGGGUGCGCAAGAUCAGUCUGAAAGUAUCUGUUGCGUUCAAAGAAGGAUUGAUAACGAAACCAUUUGUACCGGGCAGACACGGUGCCGCUCUCACCCUGCUGCGAUCUCCGAGGCUAUCGUCGGUUCCGCACGGUGAACAGCAUGCGCAAAGUUCCACUAAGAAAUUGAGAAAGUUCUCAGCAGCGUAGUCUCUGGUUAACGCCGAUUUGGAAUUAUUUACCCGUUUGGGAAGGAUCUAGUAUAGCGAAAUAACCCUGGAAACGAACUUCGGAUGAUCACAAUUGGAUGUUACAUUUAUGUGGGGUUUUCUGUGAGUCCUUGGAUACAGUUAAAAUAAAGUAAUGUUAACGGAAUCCUUCCAAGUCACGCAUCAAUGUGUGUGGACGACAUGGAUUUGAUUUAGCUACAAACGAGAUUACAAACAAGAUAGCCUACUCGUUUUUGUGUUUGUAGGUAAUCAGUCUACUGUGAAUACCCAGAACUAAACGACAGCUGCGAUUGUAAAACAACCUUUGGAAUUACAACCAUGAACUUUGUUGUCAGUUUGGUACACAUACUUUUGGCAGCAGUUAUCCACUUCUCCCCUGUAAAGACGGCUCACAUACCCAAGGAAGGGGAGAGGAGUAAAAAUGACGUGGUGCAGUUCAUAGAGGUGUACAACAAGAGUGUGUGUCGGACGCGGGAGGUGCUGGUGGACAUCUUCCAGGAGUACCCUGAGGAGAUCGAGCACACCUUCAUCCCAUCCUGCGUGGCGCUGCAGCGAUGCGCCGGCUGCUGCACGGACGAGGCGCUCGAGUGUGUUGCUACGGAAACACGCAACGUCACCUUGGAGGUGAUCCGUGUCAGGCAGAGAGUCUCUCAGCACCAGUUCCAGAUGAGUUUCACGGAACACAGAAAGUGUGAGUGCAGACCAAAGCCAGAAGUUAAAACAAAGAACCACUGUGAGCCUUGCUCAGAGAGAAGAAAACGCUUGUUUGCACAGGACCCUCUCACCUGUAAAUGUUCCUGCAAAUUCACACAGUUAGACUGCAAGUCCAGACAACUUGAAUUAAACCAAAGAACUUGCAGAUGUGACAAACCCAGGAGAUGAGAGGAGCAGACAGAGAUGAGGAGGAGAUGGAGAGGGACACUCACGUGAAGGAAUCAGCACUUUGUAACCUGAGGACGCAUUCCCUUCAAGGACAGGAGGAGAGAAGUGAGACAGAAUCAUGAGCAGGAGAGACUUCACCACCUUGUACAAUUCUAAGAUGAUUAAUAUAUAUGUAUACUUAUUAUAAAAAGUACGAUGACAAUGUGUAUUUGCUGCUAUGAAACGGAUGGUUAAAUGGUGAAUGAAUGCGCCAGAGGCAUGUGGAGGGGUGUGUUUCUGUGCCAGUUGGUUUGGGCCCAUGGUUAGGGUUUGGAACCAAGAGAUUUUGUCAAAAUCAUUAAUAUUCUAUGUAAUACUUCACUGGAUGUUGGUCUGCUAUGGAUGUAAAUGCCUAAAAUGCUUUCUGUACAAAAAAGUGAACUUGUGACCACACCUUCACUUAGGGGUGCAAUUUAACAUUACUCGCAUGAGCCGUCCAAGAAGAAGAGGAGGAGGCAUGGGCCGGUAUUAUAUUUUGACGGUAUGAUAACCUUGAGAAUGUAUUGAGAUUAAAGCUCAAAAACAUUUUUUUUAACACAAUAUUUUAGAUUUAAGCAACAUAUAAAGUUGUUUGAACAGCAGUAAACAUGUCAAGUUGAAUAGUUUUUUUAUUUUUACUAAAAAGAACAAUACAUUAUAUUGUUUUAAUUGAACUUAUACACAGACGGUGGAAGACUUAAACAAAAGUAUAUACAUGAAACCAGCUAAAUGUAGGCCGAAAUGUUUGUACCAAAUCACAGAAAUGUAGUAGCAGGGCUCUCAGGUUUUAUCAAAAGUUUGGCGUGAGAUUACCAUUCCAUGUUUCUUAUUGUCUGGUUUUUAACUCUGUAUAACUUGAGACAACUAUCAACUCUGCGGAACUCUGCGCUUCUCAGCGUGAGAAAUGGUUGAAAUGUGUGAGUCUAACAGCAAAUGCGUGAGAUUGUAGAGACAUGUAGUAGGCCAAUCAGCUCUUCAGCAGAAAAAUAUUUUUCUAUGGCUCUGGUGUAACGUAAGCUAAAGUGAAACUAGUUGACGCUAGCUAGUUAAUUAGCCGUGUUAUGUGCCUCAAUCGGUAGCAUGCCAAUAAUACUGUUCAAAGUUUAUUUCACCAGUGCUAAACAUGCCAACUCUCUUAACUUGUUGCAACCGGAGGGUUACUAUAUCCGCUGCGUAAAACCUGAGGGAUUCCUGCACUUUCCGUCUUUGACGAGACAAUUAAAAAAAAAUGCAGCAAUGGUAUAACAGAAAAUUAGAGGGGUAUUGAAACCGUGACUUUUUCAAACCGCGGUAUACCUUGACACCGGUAACCGGCCCAUGCCUAAAGAGGAGUAGAGGAGUGGACGGGGGUGUAAGAGGAAGUGGAGGGCUGCUGGAAGUGGACAAAAAGACUAACAUCUAGUAAGAUUUAGUAUGAGAAUUCUUUUGAAGGGAUAUUUAAAGUGGGUAUAUAUGGAAUAUAUAUAGAACAUGACAGCAGUGUUUAACGAAAUGCUGUUGAAAAAUCAAGAUAAUUUAAUGUGUUUGUGUGUUGCACAUCUGUGACAGGUCAUCAAGAAGAUGAUCUGUAAAUAAUCACAUAAUAUCCCAUUGAGUAGAAUACUUCCUCUUGUGUAGAAUUUUUGAAUAUGUGUUUUGUGUAUUUUAUUUAUAUUUAUAUGCAAUGUUAUGGUGGAUGUUAAAUCUAUCUGCAUUUUCACUGCUGUGUCUGGACGUUAAAUCUAUCUGCAUUUUCACUGCUGUGUCUGGACAUGGACACAAAGAAGAAGACGACUUUUUUUGUACAAAAAAAGAAAAGAAGUGAACGAUACUUUGACAUUCCUGAAUAAUACAUCUGGGGGAGGAUCCUCCCAGCGUCAACACGUGAAAUUAUGAGGCGGUUGUUGUCGUUCUGGACUCAAGUCAGGAUAUGUUGUUGAUGCACAGAGACAUGGUAGAGGCUGAGACUGUGGAUCUCGACUGAGCUACGGGAACCUACAGAACCGCAACACUACCCACGAGAACGAUGCCCUCUGGUGAAGAUAAACAUUCUAUUUGUAUUUAAUUGUCUGCUGUUUUUUAUCUAUCCUGUACAGCCACAUUUUAGUGUUUGUUCACAUUAAUAUAUUUAUUGGUACUGUAAAUGAGACAUUUGACUAUAUUAAUAACAUUUCUUUUAUGUAACUACUAAAACUUAUUUAUUUUUUAAAUAUAUUGUUUUUUAUUAAACCAAAAAAUUAUUUUGGU